GCCUUGUUGAAAAAAACAAGGAAACGACAGACUUCCGUGGCUAGUCGAGAAGGGCAGCACGGUAUUUCGGAGUCCGAGGAAAUAGAGACUUGGUGUCCUUUGGGCACAGAAAAGGGAGUAAACAGGACAGCAAGUUGGACGUGCCCCGAAGGACAUAAAUUUACUUCAAAUUUGAUUAUUGGCUGCAGUGAAGCCACAUUACAGCAUCUCUUGUAGCAUACACACAGUAUUUUAUUUGUAUAUAUACAGACACACACGUAUACGUAUAAGCGUGUGUCUGUAUAUAUACAAAUAAAUAUAUACACAAAAAUAAAAUUUGUGUUUGUGGAUUGUAAUAGUCUUUAUUGUGCCAGAAGUUGAAUUCAAGAUGGUGACAAUCAUCAAUGGAAAUGGAUUUCGCUUCAACAAGGGAUUAGAGCAACCUAAAGAAAAUGGCAACUGUAAUGGAAGCAAUCUGGAUUUUUUUGAUGAAGUCUGCAAACAAUCCUUUGAAACGAUUCCGGCGCUUGUGGAAAAGUACAGGGGGAUGGAAGUCGAUCUAGAAUCUCCAAAAGGCUUUGCAGUGAGGAUCACAGAUCUGGAUGGUACCGUCUACUGGGGCAGAAACUGGAUGCUGAAGAUGUGGAGUGAGCUGUACCUGCCUGAGCCUGAGGAGAUGGUUGUUAUUGGUGCCAUCGAUAACUUCCCUUCGCUCGCAGAAGGACUGCAGCUGAUCGUGCUGCUCGACCGCCAGGGCAGAGUCUACUUUUACGAGAAUGAGGAGCUGCAUCGUGUGCAGGACAGUGUCGGAGGAUUUUUUGACAAAGGUGCUGUGUGGCCUCCCAUUGAGACACACUACUAUGGACAGUACACAGCACCAGAGACUGAAGAGGAAUACUUGCAAAUCCUGGAAGAGACUGGAAUCCCAAGAAUAGAUGAUGAGACAAAAGAAUUUGUCCAGAGCAAGAACAGGGAGAUGACAGAAUUGUUGGAUUUUCUCAAAGAUUUGUAGGUAGGUAAUUAUGUCAGGUGGCAUUAGGUGUUAAAAAUAAAAAUAAAUAAAAAUUUUCAUGAGCACAGGAAGUUUGACCCUGCAGCUUUUAAUCAAUCAUAAAGUUGUUACAAAUACCAAGUUUGUACAAUGUUGAAUAAUGGAAGAGACCAAAGCAGAAAUCUGUAAAUACACGGUGUACCACCUGACUUCUGUGUAUGCCUGUAAAAGUGUAAAAUGUAGCUUUUUUAAGCAGUGCUGUGCUUAUAUAAAUAUAUUCUUCAUUUGGGCAGGUUUAAGAACUGUGUAUAGUACGACUAUGAACAGCAUUUUUU